UUACUCACUAGCCUGUCUACCUCCUUGCUCCGCCCAAACGCUACCGCAUGUCCACAGACGUAGUUUCUUCACAGCGACAGAUUUCACUUUUGGUCGUCAGGCAAAGCACUCACAAGCGUGUCCACGACAACCGGCGGGAGGAGAAAUUAAACAUGGCAUGAAAUGAUUCAGCAAAAGGUUUCUGUCAAUUAAUAUUCAGUUAUCUACGACAUGAAAAACACACGGUCCAAACAACAACUUGGUUAAACUAUUAUGGUUGACGCUGUCUGUUGGUCAUUUGCCAAUCAGCAUUUCUCAAGCUCAAAGCAUGUGAAUCCACCUGGAGCAUCAGUAAGUACUUCAGUGGAUAUGCUCAUAAAGGACUGACAAGUGUCUUUCAAAGAGGAACGGAUGACAUGCAAAAGCCGACGUCAAUGAUGACACCUGAGGAAAAACUUACCCAGUAUGACAGCAGAGCCCAAACCUUUGUGGAUACUCAACAGUUUGAUGCUUGCAUCGAGGACCUAGUCCGCUGUGUGGCUCUUUCAAGACUGGUAUAUGGAGAUGGUCAUCUGAAACUAGCCCAAGCUCAUGUCAGACUGGCUAAAGCAUACCUACAGUUUAAAGGUUGGCCGAUGCAGGCCCUGGAACACUCAGCCAGAGCCAGUGACCUGCUGUCGCUUGGCCCACCCAGCUCCACCAGCCAGGAGGACAGGGUGCAUGUCCUCACCUGUGUUCUCGACAUAUACCUAACACAGGGAGGUUCCUCUUUGUUGUUGGCCAAUCUUGAGGAAUCAGCAUCAAAUCAUUUAAAAGCAGAGAAAAUUGUGGGAGAACUUCAUCAGCUAGGAGGCAUCAGCGAAGAGCAGAAAAUGAAGACUGAAGUUGAGAUAUCCACUUCUCUGUCCAGGGUGUAUCAGCAGCAAGGUCAAUCAGAGGAAGCCCUGAGACAGUGUAACAGGUGUCUAGAACUACUGGAGGUUUUGGAGAGGCCAGGCCAGGCCUGCUCCAUAUAUCAGGACAUGGCUUCCAUUGAACAGGCCCAAGGCAGAGCAGACAAAGCCAUAGAACCUCUGUCUAAGGCUCAUGCAAUAGCUCUGAGUCAGAGCCCCAGGGGUUUGGAUGGGGCUCACAUUGCUCACUGCCUGGCCCUGGCUUACUCAACUGUAGCAGAGCCCCUCCACAAUGAAACAGCAGCACAAUACUUUGAGGAGAGCCUGCGUGCAUACAGGAGUUCUCUGGGCCCACAGGACGCUGUCACACUCAACGUUCAGGAUGACUACUGUCACUUCCUCCUCCUCACUGGGCAGCAAGAGAGGUUUGUAGAGAUCCAGAGGGAGUCCCUGCACCUGAAGAGAGAGACAUUUGGUGACCUCAGUCCUGAGGUAGCUGACACCCUGCAGCUAAUUGGAGGAGUUGAGAUGACCCAGGGCCAGGUAAAACAGGCCCACGUCACCAUGACAAAGUGUCUGGAUAUUCAGUGCAUUCUGUACGGCCCCCAGCAUAAGAAGACCAGAGCCACUCAGAACACAGUGGACAUGCUGGCCCAUUCUGUAUGUUUUUUCCAGGGCACCAGAAGUUGCUGGGAAACAGAGGGAUCGCAACCUGAAAACAAGACCUCCUUUCUGUGCAGUUCUACCUUCCUAUCGCAGGGCAGGAGGAAAUGGCAACAUAUCCUAACAUUUCAUCAGGGCUAAGCUAGUUGAAUUGUCUUAAUAAGAAAAUAGAGCCUCCUGUUUUCAUUGGACAUUCCCUGAGAAAUGAACUCCUCAGAUGUGGUCUCUCAAACAAUAAAGGGAUUUCAUGCAAUGUU